AUGCCUGAGCUGAUCUGCCACAGGCCGAAUCCAUACUUUCAGCACGACGCUUUACCUCACGUCAACUUGCUGAAAUCCCUCAAGACAUCAUCAGCACCAUUGCCUCCGGAUUACGAGGGAGGAUGUGUUGGCAGCUCUAUCCUUUGCGAUGAUCCUGUCGGUAUAGGUCGCACUGCCCUGACUGUGUACGAAUCUUUGGAGUUAUCAGACGACGCAGGUCAGGAGAACAACUUCUCACGAUUGUCCGACAACGUGCUCGAUCUUCUUGAGUUGCAAUUCACCGGUUUGAAAUUGUGGCACACCAUGGAGCCACCACCACCACCGCCUUCGUCACAAAACACCCAAAGCGCAGAGGCCACUUUCCUCCAAAGCACUGUGGCAUCCUAUGAAAUGCUGGUACGUGAUAUGAGCAGGAAAUUCGGUUUCUAUGUUGGCCAUCUUAGAGUCACGCAUCUAAAAUACGGUCCGGAGAAUAUGAUCUCAACCGUUGAGCGUAGAUCGAGCUCAAGUGCGUUGGGUACGCGUCAGCAACCCACCCUCAGCUCCGCUCAACCGCCCAGCACUCGCGUUUUCCAGAAAGUUGAAAGUCUGGUCCCCACAGAUUCCGGUUGUGCCAGUUUGCGUCUAGAUCGUUCACGAUCCGGAGCACGUGCAAGCCUCGAUCAUGGGUCGUACUAUACCAGCGAUGGUAAGUCGGACCUCUAA